AUGGAGAUUAUUAGAAAGCUCUUGGUAUACCGGCGGUUCCUGCUCAUUUUUUUUACUCCCCUUCUGCUGCUUCCAUUGCCUCUCAUCAUCAGAACCCAAGAAGCACAAUGUGCGUACACAUUGUUUGUGGUGGCUAUCUUUUGGCUUACAGAAGCUUUACCCCUGGGUAUUACAGCGUUACUUCCUGCUUUAAUGUUUCCACUGUUUGGAAUUAUGGCUUCCCAGAAGGUGGCAUCUACGUAUUUCAAAGAUUUUCACCUGCUAUUAAUUGGAGUAAUUUGUUUGGCAACAUCAAUAGAAAAAUGGAAUUUGCACAAGAGAAUAGCCUUGAAAAUGGUGAUGCUGGUGGGUGUUAACCCUGCAUGGCUCACCCUUGGCUUCAUGGUCAGCUGUGCCUUCUUGUCCAUGUGGCUUAGCAACACCUCUGCUGCUGCUAUGGCGAUGCCAAUUGUAGAGGCAGUCGCUCAGCAAAUCAUUAGUGCUGAGACUGAAGCUGAUGCCGUAGACAUGACUUAUGCAAAUGGAGCCACCAAUCAUGCACUGGAACUUGAUGAAAAUAUUACUGAUUGUGAAGCAGUUGACUCGAAAGAGAAAACAAAGCAAGCUAAUGGAUACAACAAUUGCACUGCUCCUACUUCUCAGACUGUGUGUGAGAUUGAAAAGGAAAAGGAGAAUCCAAUACAAAGCAGAACAGGAAGAGUAUACCAAAACCGAAGAGCCCAAAUGAUAUGUAAACUCAUGUGCCUGUGCAUUGCCUAUUCAUCUACUAUUGGAGGACUCACUACCAUCACUGGAACAUCAACCAACUUGAUAUUUGCAGAGCAAUUUAAGACACGGUACCCAAAUUGCCACUGCAUCAAUUUUGGAUCCUGGUUUCUUCUUUCCAUCCCCAUCACUAUUAUUCUUUUGAUUCUUUGCUGGGUUUGGCUUCUGUGGCUUUUCCUGGGUUUCAAUUUGAAAGAAACGUUCCAGUGUGGCAAGACAAAAACAGCCAAAGACAAAGCUUCAGCCCAAAUGAUUGAAAGGGAAUACAAGAAACUUGGACCAAUAUGCUACCCAGAAAUUGUCACCUCUGUCCUGUUCUUUCUAAUGGCCUUGUUAUGGUUUACUAGAGAACCUGGAUUCUUUCCUGGCUGGGCUUCAUUGUUUCCAAAAUACAAAGGGUUUGCGUCAGAUUCAACAGCUGCCUUAAUGAUUGGCCUCCUCUUCUUCAUUAUUCCAGCAAAAACGUUGUCUAGAACUUCAGAUGGAAAAAACAUUGUUUAUGACUACACUUCACUGAUAACUUGGAAAGAAUUUCAGGCCUGCAUGCCUUGGGAAAUUGCCAUUCUUGUUGGUGGAGGGUUUGCACUGGCAGAUGGCUGUGAGGAUUCAGGACUCUCACGCUGGAUAGGAAGCAGAUUAACUCCUUUCGGAUCACUUCCCUCAUGGCUGAUUAUCCUCAUUUCAUCUUUGAUUGUCACCAGUGUAACUGAAGUAGCAAGCAAUCCUGCCACAAUCACUAUAUUUUUACCUAUCCUAGCCCCUUUGGCUGAAGCCAUCCAUGUGAACCCCCUUUUAAUCUUGAUACCCACAACCCUCUGUACUUCAUUUGCAUUCCUGCUACCUGUAUCAAAUCCAUCCAAUGCCAUCGUAUUUUCAUAUGGUCACCUGACAAUUCUUGACAUGGUAAAAGCUGGUUUGGGUAUAAAUAUCAUUGGAGUUGCUGUCGUCAUGCUUGCUAUCAUGACGUGGGCCGUGCCCAUGUUCAACCUCCAUACAUAUCCGGCUUGGGCUCCGCUUCUUUCUGUUUCUAAUACCACUGGAUUUUAA